AGACAUUUAAAAUAGAUAUUCCAAGUCUUCCUGUGAUUUAAAGAAUAUGAGCAUUCAAUAUUAAUUCAGAUGUUGAACUAGUUUUCAAGUUCUUCUGUGUGAAUUUCAGUUCUGCACUUUGGCUGUCAGGUGAACGAUUCAGUGUAUUUCAGCACUUUUUAACUAAACUGAGUCACACAAAGUUGUGCUAAAACCUUUAAUUAUUAUUUUUUUAAGUUUUAUUGCUUAAACACUGUAUAUCAAAUGCAGUAUGACACACUGAACAAGUUGGAUUGGUCUCUGUUUUCAGACUUUCACUCUCUAACACUUAAUUCAAAACAAAGUUUCCAUCUUAUGUACCUUUUAUGGUUAGAAUAAGGUUAAAUUAAUUUUAUUGUGACUCAGUAUUCAAACACAUUAAAAAUCUUUCACCUUUAACGUCAUAUUAGAACAUUAAAAAAACAGUCAUUUGAUAAAAAGCAACACAAAAGUGACAUCAUGUUGCCCUCAGAAAUCUGUUGUUUGAAUUUUCUUCACCAAUUUUUCAUCACUUAGCUUGAUCAUUAAGUAAUACAAUACGAUACCAUCACCAGUGACACAGGUAGAGGCUAGAGUUACCUUUGUGAAAGCAACACCUGCAGGCUUGAUCACAUGAUACUGUGUGACGCAGAUACAGCUUCUGAAGAAGGUCCACUGCUCCACUGAAUACGCCUGCCUUACUGGCAUCCUUAUUCGUCAAGGAAAGACUCCAUCCCAGCGGAUCAAGUCAAACCUGCUUGCAGUAAAUUGUUGGGAUUUAAUUUCAACCAAAUGAGGAUUCUCUCACUUUCACUCCAUAAGAAGACGGUUUGAUAUAUCCUUCUAAUGACCGUCAAGCAUCUCUUUGUGGAAUUCAACAAGGUGAACGAACAAGGCACCUUCUCCCCUGGGGACAUCCUCUCUGGAAAUGUGAUAGUGGUGAUCAGCAAGGAAAUCAAAGUGCAGUGUUUUUCGGUCAAAGCCAAAGGGAAGGCUAAGGUAACUUGGCAUGAAAAAGAAGGAGAGGAUAUUGUGGCCCACAGCAACAAGAAGAAAUACUUUUAUUUUGAACACAUUAUUCUUCAAGAUAAAAAGGGAGAUGGUUAGUAUUGUCCCAGUAAAGUUUCUGAGCUGAGAGAUAUAUAAUUGCUGUUAUAAAUACUGACGAACAUACAGGUAACAUAAAGUGUUUCUUUUUAUAAGGUUCGGUAACCAUCAGCCCUGGGAGGAAUGUGUAUUCAUUCAACUUUGUAAUUCCAGAUGUAGACAUGCCUUCAUCUUAUGAAGGGAAAUGGGGCAGGAUCACAUACAGUUUGCGGGCACAGCUUACUCAGUCGAUUUGGCUUGUACACAAAACCAAGACUGAGUUUCCUUUUCGGACCAAGUCUGAGUUCCCCUUUGCCUCCAAAUCAGAAAUGAUUAUCAUUGGACUUCAGGAGCAACAACACGCAACUAGGAUUUCAUUUUAUGGCUCUGGAAAGGUGACUAUGAAUGUUACCUCAGAAAAAAUGGGAUUAAAGCAAGGUGAGGCAGUGGGAGUCUCUGUGGAAGUGCUCAAUGAUUCAGCACAUGCAGUAAUACCCAAAUUCUACCUGUGUGAGAAGCAGACCUUUGUUGCUGAGUCAAAGAGGAAAGUGCACACAAAUGACAUCCUGUUUGGGACAGGAGAGCCUGUUCCGGCUGAAACCAGUCAGACCACCACCAAAGUUCUUAGUAUCCCUCCGCAGCUCCCUCCUACCUUCUUCAACUGCUGCAUGAUGAAGCUGGAGUACAGACUCAAGGUUACCCUUGAUGUCCCUCUGUCAAGAGAGCCUGUAAUCAAACUCCCUCUGGUCAUCCUGCUGGGUUCACCAAAACCACAUGAGAAAAAGACGAAAAAGAGGUCCAUCUGGUUUAGAAAGCUUCCUAGUUAGAAGGAUGUGUUAGAUCACCAGGAAGUGGCUUGCAUGUUCUUUGAAAUGAAUAUCAGGACUGAAAAUAAAAACACGAGUUUAAAUAAGUGGAUGUUUGAACUACCUCAAGUGGGCAACUUCCCAAGUGUCCACUAGGUGGAGAUGUGGGCCACAUUAGAGAGUAGAAAAAGAUUUUUAUUUAUUUAUAGUAAGAUACAUUUAGAGGGAAAUGUGUCUUUCACUACACACAGCUCCACAUUGUUUGAUUUUUAAUUUUCCGAAUCAGGCAGUUAGGUCCAUAAGUUUAUGAACAAAGCCGGAUGUUUAUUAAAUAUACCUCUGUACACCAUCACGGGGGAUUUCAAAUCGAACAAUCAAGAUCUGACUGAAGUGCAGACUGUAAUUCAGGGGUUUUCACAAAGCCCUCGUUUUUUUAGUAACUGGACAGACUGAGAUAAUAUUUAAUAAUAUUAAAUAAUUAAAAGGAUUAUUUUUAAUACUUGUUUUAAAUCCUGUGCAGUCAGUGACAACCUUGACAUCCACUGUUAGGCCUUUACUGCAGACGCUGGCAGCUGCUGCUUGUCUGUGAAUCUCUCUGCUUUCAGUUUUGUCUUCAAUAAAUGAAAAGCUGCUUUAUUGGGUUGGGAUCAGGUGACUGACUUGACCUUUGAAGGAUAUCCCAUUUCUUUGCCUCGAUAAGCUCCUGGGUUGCUUUUGCAUAUGCUCUGGGUAACGAGAGUAUAGCCCUGCUACUUUCAUCAGCAGUCAUAUCAUCAGUAAACGCUAGCUGGCAUUGGCAGCUAUACAUUCCCACGCCUCCACCGUGUUUGAAGCAUGAUGUGGUAUGCUUUGAGUCACGAGCUGAGCUCCUUUCCUCUUUCCAUCAUUCUGGUAGAAGAUCAUUUCUAUUUAAUCUGUUUUAGGUUAUUUGAGAUGUUUUCUGUCUAAUCUAGCCUUUCUGUUAUUGAGUAUAACUAGUGGUGAGUUUUAUGCUGUAAACCCUCUGAAUUUACAUUCAUUAAGGUGUCUCUUGAUUGUAGACUCUGGCAAUGGUACGCCUAGAUACUUUAGAGUGCUCUGCAUUUUGAUAGAUGUUGUGAAGGGUUUCUUUGUGUUUUUUUUACAGCAGCCCUGAAAGGUCAAAUGCACUCGAACUUAAGAAAACACCAUUACAAUGAUGCUGUAGCACACAAAACACAAGGAAAGGGCCAAUGAAAAAAAAUCUGUGAUCAUCCACUUAGGUGUUUUCUGUGGAUUUGUCCCCUCCUAAAGUUUUUGUUGUCACUCUGAUGGGUUUAUUUUCAGCCUAAUAAUGGCCACCUUUACUUUCAUUGACAUUUCUUAGACCUCAUAUUGAAAAUUAUCAAAUUUACUAUGGCAGUUUAAUUUAACUUAAAGCACUAACUGGCCAUAAAUCCAAAUGUCAGGCAAUUGUUCAAUAACCUUUGAGCCUCUGAAAAUGGAAAACGCUGCAAACCCCCCAAAACAAAACAAAAAAGCCUGUAAUUCCUGGACAGUUAAUGCAAUACUUCUGUUAAAUUCUGCACCUCAGUCAGAUCUUGAUUUUAAAAAGAGUCACAAUUCAAAAAAAUUUGGUAACUGCUGCUUUAAAUACUAAUCAUCUGUUGUAUUAUCAACAUACAGUCUUUGUUAAAUAGGCAACAGACCUCUACACCCAUCCAAUCAAAAAGAACAAACUUCACAUAUCUCUGUGCAUAAUUAUGAAGUACAAAGUACCAUUAAAUGGACACACAUUGUAGGUUAAGUACCUAACCACAGUUCUUGUACAGUAGAGUAAGAUUCUUCCUGACAUAGUUGUAUGAAAUAAUCAGAAUUUUGAUCUGGUCUAAACUAGUUCUUUAAAACAAACUUAUAUAUGAGAAACUGCAUAAUUACAUAAUUCCUUAUCUCAAAAUCUCCCUCUGUCUUGUGUAGAACAUUUACACAGCGCAGCGGCGGCGAGACACAGUGACUCAGAAGGAGCUGAGAAUCAGAUGGUAGGGCUUUCUCAAGCUCGUCGUUGUCCGUGGACUCGUUUUGCAACAGAGGAAAGUAUUUAACAAAGGCACAUUCAUGAUUCUAACAGAACAUGUGUUACCCAACCAGCGGUUCUUAAGUGAAAACAGGCAGAGACUCAGACAUCUUUCCUUGCCUAGGAAGGAACAACAUGUUGAGAGCUGAGCAUUUUAUGGUUGAGAUUCAUCCUAGAAACAUUUGACUAUUGCGGGACCACAUACAACACACCCACCUACCCACAGGGACAGAAAGAGAGGUAGUGGGAGAGAGAGAGCAGUGUCUGGUUCUGACUCAGCACAAACAGGGCUUCACGAUUUCACAGUCAGCCCACAAAACAGAGGGAAAAAAAAUGACAGAAAAGAUCUCAGCAUUAAUAAUACAAAAACAUGAGCGUGACCUGCACUGAUUCUAAUGUUCUGGCCUGCCUGCCCACCGCACUGCUAUUUAUGUAAUUGGAAAAUUAAAAAUCAUAUUUCAACCCACAUCUGUUGCAGCUGACUUGUCAGCGUGUGUGACUUGAGUGUGUUAGGAAGACUAUUAACAUUUGAGUGGAAACAUAAAAUGAUAUAUGUCACAAAUGGCUUUUAGUAUAUCAAUUAUUGUAAGUAACUGUGAUACUUUGACAGUACAAUGACUA